UGCCAGUCUUGUCAGAUUGGUGAAGGGAAAUUCCGCUGUUUGACUUGCAGUGGAGAUCAGACAUUCUGUCGUUCUUGCAUUGUCAAUGCUCACCAGUUUUUGCCCUUCCACAAGGUUCAAGAGUGGACUGGGAAAUGCUUCAACGACACAUCACUUGAAGAAUUGGGUUUUAUCUGGUAUAUGGGCCAUGGGGGACAACCAUGUCCAUUUUCUGAUGACAUGCAUGCAUGGGAGAAUAUUCCGAUGGACGCAGAGGCCGAUUUUUCAUCAAUGGAGACAGUUCAUGGUUCAACUAUACCAACCAAGUUGACCAUUGUACAUUCCACUGGAGUGUUUUUGCACAACAUUGUCUGGUGCAGCUGUCCUGGGGUCGAUUGUUAG